UUCCCCUUCCCCCACCCAGCGUCUCUCUAGGGUUUAUCAGCAAGACCAUCGGCGGCGGCGGCAAGAUGGUGCAGCGCCUGACCUACCGCAAGCGUCACAGCUACGCGACAAAGUCGAACCAGACCCGGGUCGUCAAGACUCCAGGUGGGAAGCUUGUGUACCAGUAUACCAAGAAGAGGGCUAGCGGACCCAAGUGCCCCGUCACUGGGAAGAAGAUCCAGGGAAUUCCACACCUGAGGCCAACGGAGUACAAGAGGUCAAGGUUGUCUAGGAACCGCAGGACUGUGAACCGUCCUUAUGGUGGAGUGCUUUCAGGACCUGCUGUUAGGGAGAGGAUCAUUCGUGCUUUCUUGGUCGAAGAGCAGAAGAUUGUCAAGAAGGUCCUGAAAAUCCAGAAAACCAAAGACAAGACAGCCACAAAGUAGAGCUCCUCUGUGAAGGAUGCACACUGCUGUUUUGUGCAAGUGAAAAGUAUUUUUGAUGGUGAUGAAAGGAUCUAGUUGCCUCGUGUGAAAUGUAGCAUGUGAGUUUAGGGUGUUCCAAAUCCUUUUACCUCUUGUUAUUGGGACAUCUGAUUCCCUAGUUGAUUUGUCAUGGAUUCUGAUCUUGUCUUUGAACCGUAUGUUAGUCAAAUCUGCUGACUUGUUUGUCGUGAUCUCUUCAUUCGUGACAUACCCCCUCAUUUAUUGUUUCUGUUAAUGUAUCCUGGGAAUUUUGUUGCACUGUUGGACAUUUAUAUGUGAUAGGGUACUGUUGUGUUCA